AUGAGUAAACAGGCAUCUACUUAUACUCUCCCUCCUAAAGAACUCUCAAUAUUCAAGAGAGUUGUUAAAUAUUAUGACCAAAAGCAGUACAAAAAUGGAUUAAAGUAUGCUAAACAAAUCCUAAGCAAUCCGAAAUUUAGCGAACAUGGAGAAACUUUGGCGAUGAAAGGUAUUUUAUUAAAUUGUCUUGGUAAGAAAGAUGAAGCAAGGGAAUAUGUAAAGCGUGGUUUAAAGGCCAACAUCACCAGCUUUGUUUGUUGGCAUAUUUAUGGUCUUAUUCAUAAAUCUGACCAUAAGUACGAAGAAGCGAUAAAGUGCUACUUGCAAGCUUUAAAGUUAGAUAAUGAAAAUUUACAAGUGCUAAGGGAUCUUUCAGUUUUACAAAUGCAGUUGAGAGAUUAUGAAGGAUGCAGGGACAUACGUUACAAGUUGCUUCUACUGCGACCUAGCCAAAAAGCAUCAUGGAUUGGCUAUGCUUUAAUUCACCAUUUGCUGGGAAACUAUGAAAUCGCUCUUACAGUCAUCAAUGAGUUCAAAAAGGGUCAAAGUGAAAUACCUCAGUUCGAUUACGAACACAGUGAGCUACUACUCUACCAAGCAAUGAUCAUGCUUGAAGCUGGAAAAGAAAAUGCUGCCUUAGAACAUCUAAAUCAAUAUAGCAACGAAAUAGUUGAUAAAAUAUCUUUGUUGGAAAUGAAGGCUCAACUUCACUUGAAACUUGGACAGUAUGAGGAAGCGGUUGAGUGUUCAUGGAGCUUAAUUGAUCGAAAUCAGGAAAAUAGUUUAUAUCUUGAGCUUUUGGCACAGGCAAAUACAGCUUUGGUCAGUGGUAUAACAGACGCAAAUACUGAAACAACGAAGAAAACUUAUGAGUCAGUUAUUGCCCGUUACCCCCAAUCCCGUCUAUCUAGACGGUUGAUUCUGAAUUAUUGUUCAGGUGACGAGUUUCUCCAGCGUUUGGAUGCUUACCUAAAGCCAUACAUCAGAAAAGGUGUUCCUCCACUUUUCAUACAACUUGUGGGGCUUUUAAAUGACUCUGAAAAGCUUUCAGCUUUUGAAAGUCUUUUAACUAAAUAUCGUAACAGCAUGAGUGCCAUCGGAUCCCUUGAUGCACAGGAAAGUAAUGAAAAAGAAGCUCCCACAACAGAUGUUUGGCUUAACUAUUUACUAGCUCAGUAUUAUAAUUUCAAAAGAAAAUAUCAGGAAGCCAUUGAAAUCAUAGAUUCUCAGUUGCUCUCAACACCUACGUUAGUUGACUUUUAUGUCCUAAAAGCCGAUGUCUUUCAUGAUGCAGGGGACAAUAUAACAGCCAGUCGGUGGAUGGAAGAAGCCCAAUCUCUAGAUACAGCUGAUCGUUUUAUUAAUGCUCGCUGUACAAAAUUCAUGGUGGAAGCUCAUCGCCUUGAAGAUGCCACUAACAUGGCUUCUAAAUUUACAAGGGGAAACACAUCGCCAAAGGAAUACUUGUCUGAGAUGCAGUGCAUGUGGUUUCUGUUAGAUAAUGCCAGAGCACUUAAAGAAAUGGGCAGAUUUGGUGAUGCCCUUAAGUUGUGUCACGAAGUGCAGCAACACUACAGAAAUAUUCUUGAUGAUCAGUUAGACUUUCAUUCCUACUGUCUGCGGAAGGUUACGCUACGAUCAUAUGUUGAGACACUGCGAUUAGAAGAUCGUUUACGGGAUCAUCAGUCUUAUUUUGAUACCGCUCAACUUGCAGUUGAAAUUUACUUGCAAUUGUAUUCUCAACCAUUGGACAGUAUUGAUGAAUCUCCUCACGGCGAAAAUGACGGUAUGUCUUCAUCUGAAGCUAAAAAGCUACGAAAUAAACAACGGAAAGCUGCUAAGCGUGCGGAAGCGGAAGCUGCUCGGGCUCGAGCUGAACAGGAACGUCGAGAACAAGCAGCUCGUUCAAGACAGCCUGCAUCCGAAGAAGCAAAUGCAGAUAACCCAUCCAUGGGAGAAAACGACCUAGAUGCUAAUCUACUGGCCAGACCUGAGGAUCCACUUGAAGAGGCAUCCAAAUUUCUUCUCCCUUUGUUGGAUUUGUCUCCUAAAAUUAUUGAGGCUUAUUGUUUGGCCUUUGAAGUUUAUGAGAGAAAGCGUAAGUAAGAAUUUAAAUAGUCAUUUUUCUGUUUAAAAUUUACUAAAUGCUCUACAAUCUAUCAUUUUGACAUGCUAUAUUAUGUGGAGAAUCCUACGAACAUUCGCAUCGAACUUAUCAAAACCAUGCUUAGUUGUUUAGUUAUGAAAUAUCAAGGAGCCUAAUGUUACUCUUUGUAUUUUUGUCAACGUGAUCAUAAGGAGUGAAGUAGUUGAGUGCACUGGCCACUUCAGUUAUCUUAGAAGUCUCAUUAACCCAAUGCGUUGGUGUCUAAAUUUCAGCACAGAGUUAGAAAGCUCGUUUGGUCUUUAUCAAUUUGCAUCACUUGUGGU